CUAAGGAUGCGCAUCCGGGUUACUCUAACGCCGCGGUUUCCUCCACUGUGCUGGUUCUACCGUGGGUCUGGACCGGUCCCCAUGUCUUGCUGUGGGGCUUCUGCAGCCUUUGGAUUCUAUUUUUACUUCAACUUUCUAUGGAUAUAGUGGUUAGUAGAAGAAAUGAAAGCAGGUGCGACUUUAAGAGCAUAAGCAAUCACAUCUGUUUGGGAGAUUGUGAAGACUGUGGAAAAAGAGACUUGAAAUCCAGUCACAUAAUUAUUAGUAAAGAACUAUUAGCCCUCAUGGAAGAAGAGCAAGAUUUACCAGAGCAACCAGUGAAAAAAGCCAAGAUGCAGGAACCAGGAGAGCAAACUUUAAGUCAAGUAAGCAGCCCGGAUGUCAGUGACCAGAAACCUGAAACAUCGAGCCUUGCUUCAAACCUUACCAUGUCAGAGGAAAUUAUGACAUGCACCGAUUACAUCCCUCGCUCAUCCAAUGAUUAUACCUCACAAAUGUAUUCUGCAAAACCUUAUGCACAUAUUCUGUCGGUUCCUGUUUCGGAAACUGCUUACCCUGGGCAGACUCAGUACCAGACACUACAGCAAUCUCAACCCUAUGCUGUCUAUCCUCAGGCAACACAAACAUAUGGACUACCUCCUUUUGGUGCAUUGUGGCCAGGUAUGAAACCUGAAAGUGGUUUAAUUCAGACUCCAUCUCCAAGUCAACACAGUGUUCUUACCUGCACUACAGGGUUAACCACAAGCCAGCCAAGCCCAGCACAUUAUUCUUAUCCCAUUCAAGCUUCAAGCACAAACGCCAGCCUGAUAUCCACUUCAUCCACAAUUGCCAAUAUUCCAGCAGCAGCAGUUGCCAGCAUCUCAAACCAGGACUAUCCCACCUAUACUAUUCUUGGUCAGAAUCAGUACCAGACCUGCUACCCCAGCUCCAGCUUUGGAGUCACAGGCCAGACUAACAGUGAUACUGAGAGUACCACAUUAGCAACUACCACAUACCAGGCAGAGAAACCUAAUGUCAUGGUUCCUGCUCCAGCAGCCCAGCGACUUUCAACUGGAGACGCUUCUACAAGCCCAGCUUUGUCCCAAACUACACCAAGUAAAGAUGCUGAUGAUCAGUCCAGGAAAAACAUGACUAGCAAGAACCGGGGCAAGAGGAAAGCUGAUACCAGUUCUUCUCAAGACAGUGAAUUGGAACGGGUAUUUCUGUGGGACUUGGAUGAAACCAUCAUCAUCUUUCACUCCCUUCUUACUGGAUCCUAUGCCCAGAAGUAUGGAAAGGACCCAACAGUAGUGAUUGGCUCAGGUUUAACAAUGGAAGAAAUGAUUUUUGAAGUGGCUGAUACACAUCUGUUUUUCAAUGACUUAGAAGAAUGUGACCAGGUGCAUGUGGAAGAUGUGGCUUCUGAUGACAAUGGCCAAGACUUGAGCAACUAUAGUUUCUCAACAGAUGGCUUCAGUGGCUCAGGAGGCAGUGGUAGCCAUGGUUCCUCUGUGGGUGUCCAGGGAGGUGUGGACUGGAUGAGAAAACUGGCUUUCCGCUACCGAAAAGUGAGAGAAAUUUAUGAUAAGCAUAAAAGCAACGUGGGUGGCCUCCUCAGUCCCCAAAGAAAGGAAGCACUACAGAGAUUAAGAGCAGAAAUUGAAGUUUUAACUGAUUCCUGGUUAGGAACUGCAUUAAAGUCCUUACUUCUCAUCCAGUCCAGAAAGAAUUGUGUGAAUGUUCUGAUCACAACCACCCAGCUGGUUCCAGCCCUGGCCAAGGUUCUCCUAUAUGGACUAGGAGAAAUAUUUCCUAUUGAAAACAUCUAUAGUGCUACCAAAAUUGGUAAGGAGAGUUGCUUUGAGAGAAUUGUGUCAAGAUUUGGAAAGAAAGUCACAUAUGUAGUGAUUGGGGAUGGACGAGAUGAAGAAAUUGCCGCCAAACAGCACAAUAUGCCUUUCUGGAGGAUCACAAAUCAUGGAGACCUAGUGUCCCUUCACCAGGCUUUGGAGCUUGAUUUUCUCUAAGAACUGAAAUGAGGAGUCUUCCUCAUGAGCUCCUUUUUCAUUCCUGAAGGGAGCCAGAGGCCAGAACCAACUGGGAACUUCCUUCCCAUCCUUCUCUCCCUCCCUCUUUCUCUUUUUCUCUCUCCAUGGAAUGCUGGCGAGAACACAAUCAGAACCAACAACUGCAAUUUUUGCUAUGAGUGAGCUGCAGCUCUGUGUUUAUCCUUGUACAGAUGCAGGAGACAGUUGGAUAAGAGCACAGUGGACUGACUACUGCAGCUACAGUACUUACAUUUCUUCUAUUUUGUUUCAAAGAAUGGGAAGAAAGAAAAAAAAAAAAAGGAAAUUUGGGGGGCAGAGUUGUACUCUUAGUCCAUGACCAGACAGAGAACUGCUCUUGUGAUAGGAUAAAUGCAGCAGAGUUUUUUAAGAACAUCUCCUGCAGUCUUUAGGAUCUUCUUAGCUGUAGAACUUAUUUCCAGUGAAUGUGUAUGUUAUUUUUAUAGGUAAGGGUCUGGUCUCUGAAGCAGGAUUCCCCCUCCCCCUUUUCUUUUUCUAGCAAGAAAGGGACAUGUAAUUUUUUCAUGAAAACAGUAAUUGAAAUAUCAAAAAUACCUCUCUGUGUCGACACCACCUCCUUGGCUGCUCCAGUGGUCUGUUCUCCAGGAUGGUUUCUUUCCAUCUGUGGAGCACUGGACUUUGGCAUUUCCCAUCCUGCAAGCCUCAACCCCCUUGCCAGUCUCUCUUCCUUUUUAACCAUGUGGCACUACCCUGGAAUCUCUUUCCCUUAGGGAAUAAAUCCUAAGCCUUCAACUUAAUUCAAAGGCUAUAUCCCAAGAAGCUUAGCCUCCAGACUGGAGAGAAAGGACUCAGGCUUAUUGGAAUUUUGGCUCUUGAGACAGGAAGAUUCCACCUAUUCCUUCUGCAGAGAAGCACCUUUUCCCACAGAUGCUCAGUCUGCAGCCUCUUCUGUGUUAGUCAACAGAUGCUGGGCUCUGACCCCUUCCUGCCUUCUGCACUUCACAUCCACCUCAGUGCAUCUCCAGCCAGUCCCUGCCCAUUGGAUUCAAUUCAGAUCAAGUCUAAGAACAGGCUUGUAACAACUUCUUGAAGGAAGCUCUUCAGCCACAUGCAGGGUGUCCCAGGCAUAUAUGUACCCAGAUCUCUGCCUGGAACUAGAGAUCAUAUUUCUGUAAUCAAACCCAGUUUCCCAUGGAAUGCCCUGUUUCUCAAAUCCCAUUCUAAAAUGGGAAGCCAAGAGAUCAGAAAGAUUUUCCUGAUUUAAAUGAGGGUGCUGGCCCAAAGACUGGGCCAAAUGCAGGAGCAUCUCUCAGCCUGCCUCUUAGGAAUUGUGAGGAUCCAGGCCCUAGUCCCAGCCUUCUAGCCCAUCCAUGUAUAUUGGAUGCCCCAUCCCUCCAGGACCAACUUGGGUACCUAUUCAGAUGUGAGAAACUUCUGCUAGAACUGAAAGAGGUGGUUAUAUAAGCACCUCAAAGAAGCAGCCUUGAUCCUCGGGAGGAGUUUCUUGACCAACCCCAACUGUAAUUGCUUAUCCCCAGAGAUGCUCUGCACCCAUUUCUAGAGAUACAGUAGCACAAAGAGUGCCAGGUCACCCAGAGAGCAACAGCACGGCUGGCACACACAUUUCUUCAGAACUGAUGGACAAUGCUUCAUAAAUCAGAGUUUAGAAAGGAAGUUUUGAGAAAGGAGCUGAAGUCUGUUCUGUCACUUGGCCACCUUGGGCUUGUUUCCAGAUUGGUGUGGAAGGAGGGAGAUGGAGUCUGAGGCAGACCUUCUGGGUCUGUGUGUUCAGCACAGCUGGCCACCUGCUGCUCUGCCUUGCUUGAUGGUCCAUCUCAGAAAAUUCUAGAGUGGGUUUUACUUUAAUGCCUCAGACCCUCCCCACAUUGCCAGUUUAGCUAUUGGUUUCUUCCCCUGGAGAAAGACCACCUACUGUGCUGUGCUGUGCUUCAGGAUUAUGAGGCUGCACAAAGGCACCCACUCACAUACAGGUAACACACAAAUGUUCCUUUUUCCCACCUGUGGCGGGCUAUUUAUUUUAGAAUAUGACUUGGACUCUUUUUUUUUUUUUUAAUGAACUUUCCUCUUGGUCUGACUGCCCCUGCUUAGCUCUUUCCAAAAGGAACUUGAGUGUGACCAAGAGGUGAGAGGAGCCUCUACACCUUUCUGGUGGCUUCUACCCUCAUUCAGUGAGCAGACAUAAAGCAGGAACUUAUCUAUUUCCACAGAGAAAUUGUCCAAGGAACAUUGCCCUUCUUACCGUCUUCUCUUCCUUGGCACAAAGCCCUGGAAAGGAAAAUAAGUGGGUAAUAUCAAGAGCUCAGUUGGAAGCUGAGGCCAAAGGAGGCUGAGUCCUUUCAUCAAGGGGAAGCCCUCUUCACUGGAAAAAGUGCACAUAAAAUUAGCCAGAUGAGGAGUCCUCCCCCAGCCAGGCACUGUGGCUCUGUAAAGUGGUCUGGACAUCUUACGGUGAGGACUGUUAAUUAAUGACUCUGGAAGUGUUGGUGUGCCCCGGGAUAAGAGGUGGCUUGACUUUCGAAUGUAAAACUGAUCGUGCCUUAGCGUCACCCUGUCCAUUGCCCCUGGAGCAGCUGGUGGUGUCCAGGAGAAUGGACACCUGCUGCAGAUUUUAGAUGCCUAUUUGGGCUUUUGUUUGAUUUGGGGUGUGCCUGUCUUCUGCUCCACAAGUUGGGGGACAAAGCUAAUGUCCCAAGAGACUCUUGCCACAGCUUGUUCGCAGUUUAUACAAACUCCACAGCUCCAAGUAGAUCUGGUUAACAGACUCGAGCUGCAGCACAUGGAGCUUCUAGAUGCUCGCUACCUUGAAUGGUGUCAGUGCCACUGACUAACAGGAGUACAGGGCAGAGCCUGACCCCCUCUUCUUGGGAGAGCCAUGCCUAGUCCAGCAAGAGGUGACCUUGGGGCCUGCCUCUCCUCGCUCCUCUGCAAGGAAUAAUUAGGGCCCCUCCUUCAGCAAGCUUCUAUUUCUUACCACUAAAUUGGUUUCCUUUUUCAGCUGAAAGUUAGAACUCUCCAGGUAUAUAUACACUAUAGAAGCCAAAUCUCAGAAUUCUGAGAUUGUAGAACAUCUUAAUCACAAGAGGGAAAAUUGAGUUGUAUCCCAACCCUGAAAACGGGCCGUCUGUCCCUUCCUCUGCUCUGAGUCAGCUCUAGCAAGCAAGGCUCCGUGGCUGCUUCCUAAUGCACUGACAGGAGCCAUCGCAUUAAGGACGACCUCUACUCCAAACAUGACUUUCUGGACUUCAGAUGCCUCUUUUAACUGGAAAGGCAUUGAUUGGAUUGGAUGUAUUUAUGUGACUGCGGGCAUUUGUGGCUGUAGAAUCCUUGAUCAUAAUGUUAUAUGUAAUGGGAACUAUCUUAUAAACUUGAAAAAAAUAAAGUUUUUAUUUUCUAUA